CGCAGACUGUGACGUAAGGCGUCUGCAAAUUUCUGCAAAAUCUGGCAAGAAAAACCAUGCUCGGUGUGUUGUAGGAUGUGAGAGACACAGUUAUUAAUAAGAAAAGGAGCGUUGUGGUUGCAGCAGUUUCUAAAAAUAGCUAAACAAAAAAGACACUCCACUUAGUAAACGCAUACCCACCAUGUCUGUAAACUACGCGGCAGGACUAUCUCCGUACCCAGACAAAGGCAUAUGCGGACUUCCAGAGGUGUUUGACACUCCCGAGGAGCUACAGAGCAAGGUGGAGAAGCUGGCCCAGCUGGUGCGGGAGUCCCACUACAUGGUAGUGCACAGUGGCGCUGGGAUCAGCACCUCCACAGGGAUACCUGAUUUCAGGGGCCCGAAUGGGGUGUGGACGAUGGAGGAGAGGGGCGAGUCGCCCCACUUUGACACCACGUUCGAGGACGCGCGUCCCAGCCUGACCCACAUGGCCCUGCUGGCCCUGCAGAGAGCAGGCUACCUCAAAUACCUCAUCAGCCAAAACGUGGACGGCCUGCAUGUGCGUUCAGGCUUCCCCAGGGACCUGCUCUCUGAGCUGCAUGGGAACAUGUUUGUGGAGGAGUGUGGGAAAUGUGGCAGGCAGUACGUGCGGGACAAGGUGAUCGGGACGAUGGGCCUGAAGCCGACGGGCCGGCGCUGUGACGUGGUCCGAUCCCGCGGACUCCGCGCCUGCAGGGGGAAGCUGAUCAGUACUAUCCUGGACUGGGAGGAUGCUCUGCCGGACCGGGACCUGAACCGUGCUGAUGAAGCCUGCAGGCGGGCGGACCUGGCGCUCACCUUGGGCACCUCCCUGCAGAUCAAGCCCAGUGGCAACCUGCCUCUAGUGACCAAGCGCAAGGGGGGCAAGCUCGUCAUCGUCAACCUGCAGCCCACCAAGCACGACAAGCACGCGGACCUGCGCAUCAGCGGCUACGUGGACGAGGUCAUGGGCCAGCUGAUGAAGCUGCUGGGACUGGAAAUUCCCAAGUGGGAGGGGCCAACGCUGUGCGAGAGCUCCACCGACGCCAAGCCCCCUCUCCUGGCUGCCGUGAAGACGGAGGAGAAAAAGGAAACGAAGGAGGAAGGAGCAGACAAGUCUGCUGUGGCAAAGAAAGAGGAGGUUAAGAGUGACGACAGCCCCGCCUCCGCAACUGACACGCCCUCUCCCCCGGACAACACACGCCGCCAACACGAGGGAGAGCAGCUGACCUCUGCCAAUGGCUCCGACCCCUCUGACGGCACAGACGACCCUCCCCUGCCCAAAAAACCCAGAACUGAGCCAGGUCUGCCCUAGCCCCCACCUCCAGCCAGCAGCCACUGAGAGAGCCUCGGCCGUGGGGAUCCAGCGCGGGGGAGAGCAGCCCGCGCACAGCUGGUCUCCUGGCACAGAAGAGCCCUUGUGUAUGACCUAGUGUGCACUUCAGCACGCGCUGGAGCGGCAGUGAACAAAACAUCCUGUAGGGGGCGCAGUGGAGACUGACAGUGACGGAGCAGUGUAAAACAGUGCUUCGCGGAACCUUUCACUACGCACACCAAGCUAGUCCACAGCCAGGAGGCUUUCCUGUGUGUAAACCCUCCACUUAUAGCUGUGGUCCAGGGGCUCAAAGAGAAAUGAGAUGCAAUGAACUGUCUGUUACUAGUGCACUGGUCCAGGCAGGACUCCCUCCUUAGCCGUGCUUUAUAAUAGCCUUUUUCUCCCUUGUGUAGAUUUAAUCUAGCAAUCAAAGGUCUGUUAUUUUUCUUUUAUG